AAACAGGCCCUUAACACACAAGCAUAAUCUCAUAAAAUACUCUCCACCCAUAAACAAAACACAAACAACUCCGAGACCAACGCCUAGUUUCUUUCUGCUCCAGCAGGUGUAGCUUUCAAGAAAAACAAGAUUAUAAUCAUGGAGGUGUUUGCAGAGUUUUCUUCUUAAAAAACCCAAAUCUCCAUUUUUUAUUACACAAUUUUUUAUUAUUCUAUCCCCUUUAUCUUCUUUCCCCAAAAACAAUAUUGUUUAUAUUUACUUCUGUCCUCCUCUACUUUGUUUCAUAAGCAACAUCUUUGUUUACAUUUUUUUCUAAGCAACAAAGAGAGACCACCACACAACACAUCACCAGAAAGCCCCAUAUCACCAAAACAGCUCCACCCCGUUGAAGAUUCCUCAAAAGGGUCACUAAAAAUGGUGGAGAUGAGCCAGAUGACCAAGAAUUUAAGCAGGAAAAAUAGCAAAGGAUUUGUAGUGAAAAUGAGGUUUCUGCACAAAAGAUCCCAGGCUGAGAAAGCUAACUCAAUCUUCUGGUACAGAUAUUUCAAAUGGCUUCUCUGGUUCUCUCUAUCUUCUUAUUUCUUCGUCUCUUUUCUCAUUACUCGGAGCUCAAAUCCCAUCAAGCCCACCUCAUUUUCUCUGCCCAAGCACUCAUUCUCUCGCGCCCUCAUUGAAUCUCAACACCCCAUUACCCACCCAGGAUUAUUGAAUGGCAUGAAGGUCUAUGUAUACAAUCUCCCACCAAAAUACAACAAUGACUGGCUCAAAAAUCCCAGAUGCAAAAACCAUUUAUUUGCAUCCGAAGUGGCGAUACACAAAGCAUUAUUAACGAGCCAGUUCAGGACUCUUGAUCCAUCAGAAGCUGAUUUUUUCUUCGUACCGGUUUAUGUUUCGUGUAAUUUUAGCACGGUUAAUGGGUUCCCAGCAAUCGGUCAUGCCAGGGCUCUUAUAUCUUCUGCUGUGCAGCUCAUUUCUUCGGAGCACUCGUUUUGGAAUCGGAGUCGUGGGUCUGAUCAUGUUUUUGUUGCGUCUCAUGAUUAUGGUGCUUGUUUUCAUGCCAUGGAGGAUGUGGCUAUGGCUGAAGGAAUACCGAAGUUCAUGCAAAACUCAAUUGUGUUGCAAACAUUUGGUGUGAAAUACAAACACCCGUGUCAAGAAGUGGAGAAUGUGGUGAUACCUCCGUACAUUUCGCCGGAAAAUGUAAAGUCAACGCUGGCGAAGUCACCGGUCAAUGGUCGCCGGGAUAUAUUCGCGUUUUUCCGGGGCAAGAUGGAAGUCCAUCCAAAGAAUAUUAGUGGACGUUUUUACAGCAAGAGGGUGAGAACGGAGAUAUUGAGAAAGUACGGUGGUGACCGGAGAUUUUACUUGAAGAGGCAUCGAUUUGCCGGUUACCAGUCAGAAAUUGUACGGUCAGUGUUUUGUUUAUGUCCUCUUGGGUGGGCCCCGUGGAGUCCUCGACUCGUAGAAUCCGUCGCAUUGGGAUGCGUGCCGGUUAUAAUAGCAGAUGGUAUCCGGUUGCCGUUUGAGUCCUCCGUGAACUGGCCGGAAAUUUCGCUGACCGUGCGGGAAAAAGACGUCGGAAAACUAGGUGCCAUCCUGGAACAUGUGGCAAGAACUAAUCUUACAGCUAUACAGAGGAAUAUGUGGGACCCGGCAACAAGGAGGGCCCUACUGUACAGUGAUCCAAUGGAAGAUGGGGACGCUACGUGGCAGGUCCUGAAUGAGCUGUCAUUGAGGUUGAGUAGGUCCCACAAGAGGGUUUCCAGCGUAUAGGAACGUGACACGUAGGAUAGAGAUAAUGGUGACAUGGCAUUGACAGCUUAAAAGGAGUUGGCGCACUUUCCAAUGCAUAUUAUGGAGUAGACAGCUUGGAUUUGUUGGAAUCGUCGUAUAAAAUUUUCGGGACUUGAGUCGCAAAUGGGGGUAUAGUUGGAAGACAGCUAAGGUUUGUGGGGCCCAUUCCGGCCAUGCGGGGAAUGGCGUACGUGGCAUGUUAUGAUUGGUGGAUGGUUGGGUGUGGGGUAUGUAGAGACAAGGUGUAUAUAUUAUACAUGUGCAUGUGAAAAAGAUGAAAGGAAUAUAGAGUGUGGGUGCGUUGUGUGUGUUUAGAAUGUGGAGUUUGUGAAGAACUUCACGCUGAUUCAACGCAUAAUUCUUUACAAUUUUUUGGUGUACAAAUUCAAAGUGGGAAAAGGUUAAAUAAAAGCGAAUAUUUUGCUGGA